AUGUUUAUUGGAAUAACAGGAACCUUCUAUUCUGGACAAGAGACUAUUGUCGAAUGGUUUACUUCAAAUCUUGGAUAUAAAGAAUUACGUCUUAACGAAUAUUAUAACGAACCAGAGAACCUUUUAAAACAUGUCAUAGAGAAAUGGAGGGGAAAUUCCCUAAUUUCUUAUUGCUGGCCGUGGAUGGCCCAUUGGAAAGCCGAUACAAUAGGUGGUGCUCAAUCUAAAGAUUUAAAUCAUUUAUUAACAUUCAUGACCGAAAAUGAUAAGUCUUGGAAUAAAAUUUAUGAAACAAUGACCAUGGCUGAUAUCCCUAUCAUGUAUUCUCCAACGAAAGAUAACUUUUACAAGCAACUUAAACUUUUCAAUACUAAUAUCCCAGAGAUAUUACGACCUCAAAAAGAAAUGUAUUUCAUGAUGUUAUCAGAAAUGGUUGCAAUAAAAUCCAAUUGUAUGAGUCGUAAGGUUGGUUGUGUAUUGACCAAAAACGAUAUAGUAAUCUCAACAGGAUAUAAUGGUACACCAAAGGGUACAAAGAAUUGCAAUGAAGGUAAUUGUGUAUAUUGUAAUAAUCCACAUGUAAGUGGAGAGGGAUUGGAAAAUUGUUUGUGCAUACAUGCAGAAGAUAUUGCAUUGUCAAAAGUCGGAACAGAAGCGAAAGAUUGCAUUCUUUAUUGUAAUACGUGA